AUGCGCGGCGAGCCGACGCUGGCAUCAAAGCCGACGUCGGGCAGCUCGCCGCCGGGGCGGGUGAGGGGCGGAGGCGGCGGCUCGUGGGGCGGCGGGGCGAGGCCAAAGGCCCCCCUGUGGCCGGGGCCGAGGCUGGACACGGCCAGCGACGGCAGCUGCGCCCCUGGGUCCGUCGACAGCGCCAGCGCAAGCGCGGCCGCAUGCUGCUGGGAGGCGGCGCCUAGCGCAGGCAUUGGGAAAGUGGCGGGCCGGCCGCCGUCGGAGGGCGCCGGGGAGGGCGGGCCCAAGGGCGGCUCGAGGCCGAGGAGGCCGGGUCGCUGGUCAGAGAUGGGGGCGACAUCCGGGGCCGAGUGCUGCCCAUGUCCCAGGGCCUGGGAGCGCGGCGGAGUAGGGGGCGGGCGGUAG